AUGAUUACUGGUGAAACUGCAACCUUCGAGGCUUCUAAAAAAUUACUAUUAUCAAACUUGGGUCUUUUAUCAAACGAAUCAAAAAGAAGAGACAAUGAGAUUCAUCAAGCUAGUGAUAAGUCCAUUGAAAUUUUGAAAACAGUUAAGUCAAUUGAUGAAUUGAGAAGACAUCCUGAUUUUAUAUUGCCAUUUAUAAUUGCUACCUCUUCUGGUAAUGCAAAAUUAACAAGUAUUGCUUUGCAAUGUAUACAAAGAUUUUUAACUGUUGAAUAUAUUCCUAAGAGUCAAUUGGGCGCUUUGCUAGACUCUUUUAUUUCAGCUACCCAUUUGGCUGAUGAAAUAAAAUUGAAAGUAUUUCAAGUUUUGCCAACUUUUUUCAAAACAUAUUCCAGAUAUAUAUAUGGUCCUCUCUGUGAAAAAUUGUUACAAUGCUGUUCCAGUUCAUUACUUUUGGGAAGUAAGACCGCAGUAAUAAUCGAUACCGCAAAUGCUACAAUGCAGCAGUUGAUUGACGAAAUUUUCGAAAGAUUGGACUAUGAAUGGAAUUCUAAUGAUAAAGAAACGCAAAGUGUACUUAAUGAAGUUAUUUAUGAUGUCAUUGUAGCAGAUGGUGAAAAUCAAGAUAAUAAACAAACUAUAAAAGUAAAUGCAUAUCAAUAUGAUGUAAAUAGAAUAUUCAGUUAUUUGUGCGUUUCUGUCGAUUCUAGUAAAACGUCUAGUAAAAGAAAUGAAACUGAUCAUAAAGGAGCUUUAAAAUUAGAUAUCAUGCCAUUAGAUUAUACCUUGGAAAUAAUAGAAUCAGUAUUAAAAAAUAACAGAUCGGCUUUUAUAAGAAAUGAAGACUUAAGAUAUUUGUUAAGAAUUAAAAUUAUCCCCUCAUUACUAAGGAUUAUGUCUUCCAGUUCUCAAUUUACCACAGUUGUAAGAAGUUAUAGAUCAAUAAGAACAUUAAUUAAGAAAGAAUUUCUAUCGGUCCUUGAAAUUGAGCUGGAAGUAAUAUUAUCACUGAUUAUCUAUAUACUGUCUGAAGAAUCCUCUAAGCCUCUUUGGAAUAAAGUUUUAUCCCUUGAACUGUUUUUGGGGGUUCUCAAAGAUACUCCUCUAUUAGCAGAUAUAUACAUGCUAUAUGAUAACUAUUCAGAUAAAAAGCAUAUUAUCACAAAUUUAUUACACGAAGUGAUGGAGUUAAUUAACAAGGCAAAUAUAACAAACAUUUUACAAAUAUCUGAGAUCAUUGGAUUCUCUGAUAUUGCAAGUACAUUAACUGAGACUUCAAUGGCUAGAAAACAAUAUAUUUCUAUCUUAGAUAAAAUCAACCCACCUCCGGUUGAUGAUUCUUAUAUCAUUUGGCUUAUCAUAUCCAUAGUUUGUUCUUAUUCUGAUAGCUUAAAUGUAGAAGCUCAAUCAGCAUUGGAUAAAGGCGAUACCGACUCUAAUUCAAAGAUCUUUAGGGGGAUUAGAACUACAACUCAAGGUACAUUUAGUGAAAUGUUUGAUCUAUUCGUAAAACUUUUCCAUUCAAAUGCGUUAGACAAACAAAUAUUCCAUUCGUUACUAAGAUCUUUUCAAAAGUUGACACAUACAGUUGGAAUUCUAUCAAUGACAACUGAAGUAAACAAAUGUUUAGAAGUAUUUUUAACAUCCAUAUACCAAAAUUCUGUUGAUGAUGCUGACACAGAAAGGACCACUGAUAGUGGCAAUAUAGGACAAUCUUCCAUGUCCGUUUUAGAUCAAAUAAGUGAUACGUUAAUUGGUCAAGGAAAUAAUGAUGAUAGCAAUACUGAAAAUAAAAGUAAUAUGAAAGGUAGGCUUCAUUCUAGAAAUUUUAAUGCAAAGCAUAUUAGAUUAUUCAGAGCUUUGAUAUCACUUUCAAUUUCGCUAGGUUCUAACCUUGAAGAAAAAAGUUGGAAGUAUAUUUUAGUUUCUUGCCAAUGGGUAUCCUAUUAUCUUUAUGGUCCAUCACCCGAUUAUAAAAGCUCAAAUUUUGCAGCCAAAAUUCCAAAAGCUCCCGUUAUUUCAAAAGAAGAAAUUAAUUCUAUAGAGAAUUCCAUGGAAAAUUUAAUAGCAAGCACCCAAAAUUAUGAUUCAGAAUCAUUCAUGAAUUUUAUAACUACUUUAAUGAAUUGUUCUUCAGAAAAUAUUUCAACAAAAGAGGAAGCAAAUGAUAUUUCGGAAUCAGAAUUCACCAAUGAUUCAAUCAAAUAUUGUGUUUAUAAUAGAAGUUAUUUCAUGACAAACAUUGGGGAAAUUUCUAUACGUAACAACGUUAGAUUUUCAUUUGAGGAAGGUAAGGAAAGUUGGGAAAAAAUCAUGAACUAUUAUGUUUACGUCAUUGGAAAUAGAGAUAUAUAUGAUGUAUCUUUGAGAUUUUAUGCAACCAGAUUGAUUUUGGAUAUAAUAAAAAGUACAAUUGAUGUUACUGAUGAAAUGAAAUCUGGCGAUGACAAGCAAAUGAGAUUUGCAUACUUGCAAAACUUAGUUUUCAAUCCUCUUAAUGAUAGCAUAAAUGUAUUGAAAAAAUUGAAAAUUGAAAAUCAAGAAAUAUACAAUGGAGUCGCUGAUAUUGAACUAAAAAUUGCACUUCAUAUUUUAUCAGCUUUGAAGGAUAUCUUAAAUGAAAUUGGUGAUUACAUGACUGAUUCAUGGAUUAUUAUUUUCAAUAUUAUCAAUUGCCCAUUCCAAUGGAUAAACUUAGAUGGUAUGAAUUCUUUAGAGAAAGAUGGAGAUGAUUCAUCAUUGAUUGUCGGUUUUAGUAUGAAGUAUAAGGAAUUGGUUGAUAUAUCCUAUGAUGUUUUUAAACUCAUUUCUGAUGAUUUUCUUCAAACAUUACCUUUGAAUUCAAUUAAUCAAGUUAUUGAUACAUUAGUAACCUUCGUAAUACAAAAAUGGAACUUAAAUGUAUCAUUCGCCUCUAUUAGUCAAUUCUGGUUAAUUGGUGACUAUAUGAGAACGCAUUAUAGUAAAAGUGAAACAGGUGGGGCUGCUCAAGGGAAUGAAUUACACCAGGCAAUAUUAUCUCAAGAUUUAUCCAUAUCUUCAUGGAUCUACUUAUUAAAAAGACUAAUGGAUUGUAUUGAUGAUGAGAGAGCUGAAAUUAAAAAUGGUUCCAUCCAAACAUUUUAUAGAAUAUUAUCAUCAUAUAUCUCUAUAUUACCUAAUUGGGAUUUGAUUUUUGAUGAUGUUUUAACUAAGUUGUUAAAUAAACGUCUAAACGAAAAUGAAAUGGUUGCUAAUAGCGAAUUCCUAGACAGUGCAUUCAAAGGCCUUAUCGAUAUUUACCCAAUUCAUUAUAAUGACUUUAGAGACAACGAUAAACGAAUUGAUCAGUGGCUUUCUUUAAUAAGCUUCUUUAAUCAUGUUUUAAAGUCAAGUUCACCAGAGGCAGCUUUUAUUGCUAUCACAAACUUCCAGAAAUUAAUUAAAAAACUAAAUGAAAUGAAAGAUGUUCCAACAUUAAUCUUAAAGACAACCUAUGAAACUUGGUGUAGUUUCAACAUUAUAUACAGCGACAUAUCUAAUAAAAAUGCCUACCAGAAUAAAUCAGGUUAUGAUUGUAUAGAUGAAUUAAUUAAAGGUUUCCCAGAGUUGUUUCAAUUAUUAAAAAAAUAUGAUAUGAUAGAAAUGGAUUUUGUUAAACAAUCAUUAACUUUGUUCAAUGCAGCUAUUAGAUACCCCUUAUUACCAGAGCAUACUAGGGAUAAUAAGAGACCUUCAACUUUACAAAGCUAUAUAUUAACUGCUUUAAAUUCAUUUGAAAUGAUUAAGGAAAGUGAAGUUGAAAGAGCUAUUAUAUUACAAUUAAGUAACAUAAUUAGCUUACCUUUUGAUACGAGAGAGAAAAUAGAGAAGAAACUAAUGCCAAAAUUGUCUGAAUCUUCUAAAAACCGUAUUCCAACAUUUGAAGCCGUAUGUUAUAAUGCAUCUGUUUCUUUAAAACAACGAUUAAGUGCUUUAAUUAUGACUAAUAAAAAUGUGUUAGAUGAUGUUUAUGCGAUAAAGCUAAUGAAGAAUAUCGGAAAAGUUGCUGAGAGAAAAUCAAUGAUAAAUUUGUCAGAAGAUCCUAAGAAUGCAUUAUGGAUUCGGGCCUCUGAUUGUUUACGAAUCAUUGCUGUUGAACUCUUUGAAGAUCUGACGGUAUUGGGAAAGAACGAAAUAUAUAAGCAAUCUGUUUUUGAUAUAUAUACUAGUGUGACUGUUGCGCCUCUACACAGGGUGAAUGCAGAAAUUGAUGAAGAAACCCAAUUUAGUGAUAUCGAGGAAUUUACGCAAUUCAGUAAUUUAUUGUUGCGUCCAAAUGUUAUUAAGCACGUAGAUGAAAAGCAACUGAAUCUGUUUGUUUCUACUGUAUGGACAAACUCAUUUCUAUUCGAAUUAGAUGAAAUUGAGGAUGAAUUGAUAAAAAUGAGUGAAGAUUUAUUUGACUUGUCAAAAACAUUAUCUAAUUUCAAAUUUUCAGAGAUUGCUGGAUCCACUAUCGAGCCACCGUUAUUAUCAAAAUAUAACUGUUCUAUUCUUUGUCUGAAAGACUUGAUUAAAUUUUUCAGUUAUCGAGAAGCUGAAUACACUCUAUUAAGAGAAGUGGCAGUACAAUAUUUGGUUUCAAGAACAGCAUUUGCUUUAAGAAGAUACAUUUCAGAUCAAUCAUUAAUUGGCAAAGCACCAAUUUCUAAAAUUCGUAAAAUUGAACUAGAUAUUUUAUUACAUGGGUUACGUGAAAUAUUAGAGAGAAUAUCCAAAUUUGAUAAUGAUACUGAUAAUGAUACUGUUAAGAAAUUACAAAUUUUAUAUCCAUUGAUAUUAAGAACUAUCCCAAUCUCUCAUAAGGUCCCAGAGCUUCAGAACACCGUAUUAGAACUCUCUUUAUCAUUCACCAAAUUAUCUUCUAAGUAA